GGUCGGUCGGUGCGGGGCCGGUCGGUCGGUCGGCGCGGGGCGGGGCGGCGGGCGGCGCUGACAGCUGCUCGGCGUAAACAAGCGGCCCCGCCGGCCGCCCCGGCCGCCCCUGCCUGGGCCGGGCCCGGCUCCGGGGCGGGCGCUCCGGGCGCCCCGCGGCGUGACGCGGCGCCGCCGACAGACGGGCCCGGCCGCCGGCGGGACGGGAGCGGGCAGGCCGCGCGAUCGUGCUGCUGUCCCAGACGGUCUACUCCUGCUGCUGCUCUCUGGCCCGGCUGUUGUGGGCUCGUCCCCAUGCUCUCUUGGGCUGAGCAGGGGCCAGCAGGGCAGAGAGGCCGGCACGCCUCAGGGUGCUGACACAGGGAGGCCGCUGGACCCACCGCUCCUGGGACCCUCCUGCUCCCCAGCUAGAGGAACUCCGAUACUCUGAUGGAUCUGAGACCCUGCUCGCUGCUCCUGCACUGGACUCUGGUGGUUGCCCUCGCUGUCCUGGCCCAGGAGGUGCUGGCCCAGCGUAUUUACACCAACACCUGGGCUGUGCUUGUCCCCGCGGGGCCCCAGGAGGCUGACAGGCUGGCCAGGAAGCAUGGAUUCCUCAAUCUGGGCCCAAUCUUUGGUGACUAUUACCACUUUCGGCACAGUGGUGUGGUGAAGCGUUCCCUCUCACCCCACCAGCCCUGGCACAGCCGUUUGGCCAGGGAACCACAGGUGCAGUGGCUGGAGCAGCAGGUGGCAAAGCGCAGGACCAAGCGAGACGUUUUCAUGGAGCCCACAGACCCCAAGUUCCCGCAGCAGUGGUACCUGUACAACACAAACCAGCGGGACCUGAAUGUGCGUCAGGCCUGGGAGCAGGGCUACACGGGCAAGGGCAUCGUGGUUUCCAUCCUGGAUGAUGGCAUUGAGAAGAACCACCCUGACCUGGAGGGCAACUAUGAUCCAGGGGCAAGCUUUGAUGUCAAUGACCAGGACCCAGACCCACAGCCCCGCUACACACAGAUGAAUGACAACAGACAUGGCACACGCUGCGCCGGGGAAGUCGCUGCUGUGGCAAACAAUGGGAUCUGUGGUGUUGGCGUGGCUUACAACGCCAGGAUCGGAGGCGUGCGCAUGCUGGAUGGGGAGGUGACUGAUGCUGUGGAGGCCCAUUCCCUGGGCCUCAAUCCCAACCACAUCCACAUCUACAGUGCCAGCUGGGGCCCUGAGGACGAUGGGAAGACUGUGGAUGGCCCGGCCCGGCUGGCGGAGGAGGCUUUCUUCCGAGGGGUCAGCCAGGGCCGAGGGGGGCUGGGCUCCAUCUUCGUCUGGGCGUCUGGGAACGGGGGCCGUGAGCACGACAGCUGCAACUGUGACGGUUACACCAACAGCAUCUACACGCUGUCCAUCAGCAGCACCACGCAGUAUGGUAACGUGCCCUGGUACAGCGAGGCCUGCUCCUCCACCCUUGCCACCACCUACAGCAGCGGCAACCAGAAUGAGAAGCAGAUUGUGACGACUGACCUCAGACAGAAAUGCACCGAAUCGCACACAGGGACAUCAGCCUCGGCGCCCCUGGCUGCUGGCAUCAUCGCCCUCGCCCUGGAAGCCAACAAGAACCUGACCUGGCGGGACAUGCAGCACCUGGUGGUGCAGACGUCAAAGCCAGCUCACCUCAAUGCCAAUGACUGGGUCACCAACGGCGUCGGCCGCAAAGUCAGCCACUCCUAUGGCUACGGCCUGCUGGAUGCCGGGGCCAUGGUGAGCCUGGCCAAGAACUGGACCACGGUGGGACCUCAGAGGAAGUGCGUCAUUGACGUCCUCACGGAGCCGAAGGACAUCGGGAAGCGCCUGGAGGUGCGGCGGAAGGUGGACGCCUGCCUGGGGAAAGCCAACUACAUCAGCCGGCUGGAGCACGCACAGGCCAGGCUGACGCUGUCCUACAACCGGCGGGGGGACUUGGCCAUCCACCUCAUCAGUCCCAUGGGCACCCGGUCCACCCUCCUGGCUGCCAGGCCCCAUGACUUCUCGGCUGACGGCUUCAAUGACUGGGCCUUCAUGACGACGCACUCAUGGGACGAGGACCCCUCUGGGGAAUGGGUGCUGGAGAUCGAGAACACCAGCGAUGCCAACAACUACGGCACACUGACCAAGUUCACACUCGUGCUGUACGGGACGGCCACUGACUCCCCCAGCCUCUCCAACCAGCUGGAGAGCAGCGGCUGCAAGACCCUGACCCCCAGCCAGACCUGUGUGGUCUGCGAGGAGGGGUACUACCUGCACCAGAAGAGCUGCCUGAAGCGCUGCCCUCCCGGCUUUGCACCCGGUGUCCAGAGCACGCACUACAACCUGGAGAACAGCGUGGAGCCCAUCGCGCCCCACCUCUGCCUCCCCUGCCACCCCUCCUGCGCCACUUGCGCGGGGCCCGGCCCCAACCAGUGCCUGACCUGCCCCGCGCACUCCCACUUCAGCAGCCUGGACCUCUCCUGCUCCCACCAGACGCAGAGCAGCCGUGCAUCCCCUGCCCUGGCAGACGGCGAGGGGCUGGCCAAGGCCCCCCCUCCAGCCAACCUGCCUGUCCUCAUCGCCAGUCUCAGCUGCAUCCUUAUCGUCGUCAUCUUUGUCACUGUCUUCCUGGUGCUGCAGGCGCGCUCAGGCUUCAGCCUGCGGGGUGUGAAGGUUUAUGCUCUGGACAGCGGGAUUAUCUCCUACAAGGGGCUCCCCUCCGACAUCUGGCAGGAGGAGGGCCCCUCCGAGUCGGACGGUGAGGAGUAUGAGGCCCACAGUGAGAGGACUGCCUUCAUCAGAGACCAAAGUGCCCUUUGAUGAGCCCUCCCGCCCCUCCCUCCUCCCUGCCCAGCACUGUGGGGCCGGGGCAGGUGAGGCCGAGGGGCCCCGGACUCUGCCCCCAUCCCCCUCCUGCACUGCAGCAGCCCGGGGCUCCCCACCCGCCGGCAUCGUCCCUUGGCCCUGGCCUGGGCUGCCGGGCAUGGCCCCGCCAGCACCGUCCCCAGCUCGGCACCGUCCGUGUCUUGCACCAUCUCUCUUGGCCCCGCGUCCAUCCUGUACCCUACGCUGGGGUGUUUGAUGGCAGCAGGGCCCCUGGCGCUCACUGGCCCUGCACUGGCAGCCGUGUCCCCUGCCUGAGGUGGGCAGCUGCUGCUGGGGGGUCAUGCAGGUCCCCCAGCAUGGGCAGCAUGUGGGGUCCCUGGGUUGUCAUUGCUCAGGCUGGGCUGGCCGGGGCAGGAGUGGCUGUGCCCUGAGCCUAGCCCAUGGCACGGCAUCCCCCUGCCCCUGCCGCCCUCGGCACCUGCCGGGCCUCUGGCCGUGUCCCUGGCUCGGCCUGCUGUGUCC